AUGGCAGAAAAUAAAGAUGAACUUGUUCAGCGCGCCAAACUUGCCGAACAGGCCGAGCGAUACGACGACAUGGCUCAAUCAAUGAAGCGAGUCACCGAAUUGGGUGCAGAACUUUCAAAUGAGGAACGUAAUUUGCUCUCUGUUGCUUACAAGAGCACAUGUUCAGACCUCAUUGAACUGGGUUCUGCCCGGUGCGCGUCGCCUAUAGCGUUGCGUUGUGUACUAACGAAUGUAGUCGGGGCGCGACGCUCGUCUUGGCGGGUAAUAUCAUCCAUUGAACAGAAGACCGAAGGUUCAGAGAAGAAGCAGCAGAUGGCAAAGGAAUAUCGCGAAAAGGUUGAGAAGGAACUGCGAGAUAUUUGUCAGGAUGUUUUGAACCUUCUGGACAAAUACCUCAUUCCGAAAGCAGGGAAUCCUGAAUCGAAGGUGUUCUACUUGAAAAUGAAGGGUGACUACUACCGAUACCUGGCUGAAGUUGCAAGUGGAGAUGAUCGUAACGUGGUAGUGGAGAAGUCACAGCAGUCCUACCAGGAAGCAUUCGAUAUCGCGAAGGACAAAAUGCAGCCCACACAUCCGAUCCGGCUUGGGCUUGCACUCAAUUUUUCGGUAUUCUACUACGAGAUACUGAAUGCGCCGGACAAGGCCUGUCAACUUGCUAAACAGGUGCGUGAAGACGGGUUCAUUUUAUAUUAUUGCCACUCGAAUGCGGUGGCAGAUGCGGGUCAGAAAGCCUAUUCGGAGGCACUUGAGAUUGCCAAGGCACAACUUUCGACUACCCAUCCAGUUCGUUUGGGCCUCGCUCUAAAUUAUAGUGUCUUCUUCUACGAGAUUUCAUCGAGCCCCGAUCGUGCGUGUCAACUCGCCAAACAGGCAUUUGACGAUGCGAUUGCCGAACUGGAUACCUUGAAUGAGGAUUCCUACAAAGACAGCACAUUAAUCAUGCAGCUCCUUCGUGACAACCUUACGCUAUGGACAUCGGACACAGGCGCGGAUGAUCAGGAAGGUGGUGAGCAAGCGGGUGAAGCAGGUGGCAAUUAA